AGAAAAAUAGAGCGAAAAACGCUCUAUCUUUUCAUAAAAAAAGAAAAAUUUUCAACCUUUCUAUAAGGAAAUUUGAUAAUGGCGACACUACUUUUGGUAUGCCCUAAGUAUCAACCCUAGAGAAAGUACUGAGUUCAGGGUACCCAUGUACUGAGAAAGCUCUAGCAGGGUACCCAAUAUGGGUACUUUAAAAAUUCUCAGUAAUUUUACUGAUGUAUGUACUGUUUGGGGUACCCGUAAAAGUACAUUCACUGAAUAAGUACCUGCAUGGAUACACAAGUCUGUAACUUUACUGAGGAAAUCUCAACAGGGUAUCCUAAUUUUUUCGCGUUCUGUGUGGCGACUAUUCAUUCACCGUUUUCUUUUUUACGUACGGCUCUAUAUAAACAACUUGAUAAAUCAUAAGAAAAUAAUCAAUUUUCAUACUAGUUUUUUCUAAAUUAUUUCUUGACUAUUUCUUAGUCGAGGAAAUGCCGAGCUUGGUCGUAAAUUAAGAUCGGACUACCCUGAAGUGGUCUACGACCAACUCAAGUUGAGUCGGAUCCCGACAUUGUUCCUGCAAAGUUUUUGGAAUUGAAAAAAUUAAAUUGAAUAAAGUAAAAAAAAUCUAGUAAAUUAUCUCAAGAAAAAGAAAAAAUUUUAAAAAGUCAAAGAUCAGGUUCGAUCCUGAACAUACUGAAAAUUUGGUAACAGGGUACUUAGAAAUACUAUACAAUGGUACCCAAUUCAGUACUUGAUCAGUACCUUUAGGUACCCAAUUACUGUGCAUUUUCCAGCAGGGUACUUGCCAAAGUACCACUUAGGUACAUGUAAGUACCUGCAAGUACUUUGGUACCCAAAAGUUCCUGUGACAUACUGGUAUCAGAGUACUUUUUUGGGUACCCUUAACUCAGUAUAUUCUCUAGGGAAUUAGAACAAAACUACGUGAUUCUACAUCUUAUCACGAAUAUUGUUUGAUGUAUAUAUAAUCUAUUCAUUUUCGUUACAAUCAUAAUUAUAUGAGUUUCGCUUGUUGUUUCUCUCUGAGUAUAAUGGAAACUAACGUUUGAAAUAUUGAUUGUCGAGUUGACUAAUAUUAAAGUUAGAAGAAUGGAGUGUCAUAAGUUUAAUUACACAUUUUGGUUAGACAAGCACUUGACAUGUUUGGUAUCUACGGAGAAAAAACAUAUACUAAAGUAAAAUCAACGAUCAUUCAUUCAAAAUGUGAUUUAUUUCUUUACAUAAUAUCUAACAUUUUAUUGUGAUCGAGAGAAAGCGUUGAUUACGCGAUCACUCAUCUUACGUCCUCUCUCAUGCGAUUGUUGGUAACAUUUUCUGCUCGUCUUUGACCACUAGAUUAUGGAAAAGUUGCAUAUUAAAAAGACUCAUUGCUUCUUGUCAUAUGCAUUGACUAUGGAUGAUAUGGUCAAUCGCAUUUUAUUGUGCUAACUGGUCUAGGAAAUUCUAUCCUUUCACGCUGAUAUUAGUGUACUUUAAACGACCAGGUCUGCAAACCAUUAGUCUGUUGAAUUCUAACUAGUAUAGUAUGGUCUGUGUUUACGACUCAGCCAGAUAAAUUCUACUUUUUUCUUAUAAAUCUUACGUUAUGAUUACCUAUUUACAGACCAGAACACAUUGCUCUUAUAUUCAAAUCUGUCAUUCUUCAAUAUGCUGGUUAUUUCAAAGAAAUAGUCUUCUCAGUGAUUGAUGAUCAUAAUACUGGUCAACAUUUGAAUCCAAAUGGCAAUUUUCUUCCAUUCCAGCAAGUUCUGGAUAAGUAUGUUGCAUAUCCACCUACUGUUCAAGCCAUUGGAAUGUCGCUAGGACCAUGUCGUUUGAUUCGAUCAAAAGUAAAUAGCAAUAGCAUUGCAGUCAACGAAUUUAUUGUACGCGACAUAGAACCUUGUGAACAUGCUGCAUAUUGUGAAAAUUUAAACGAUCAAAAUCACUGUCAUUCAUAUUAUCACCCUCCAUUAUGUCCAUCUAGUUCUGAAUGUACUGAAAACAAUGAUGAUGUACAUUGUCAAAUGUUCGUUCAUCGAAAAAACUGUCGUGAUGGUGGUCGAUGUGCCCUUACUGAUGCUCGUCACUUAGCCAAUUUUGAUCAUCCUGAUUAUUGUUCUGAUGGUGGUCAUUGUACUAAUAUGAGAACUGAUCAUUUAAAUCUUUAUCGACAUGUACCAAUAUGUGAAAAUGGUAUUGAUUGUGAUCUUAAAUAUAGACGAGUAGCUGAACAUCUCACUAAAUUUCGUCAUUGUCAACGUCCAUGUGAAUUUGGUGGUAAUUGUAUCCGUUAUCAUGAUCAAAAACACAUUACUAAUGAACAACAUCCAUUUAAUUUACCUUGUCCUUAUACACCAUUUUCAUGUAAGAUGUUUGCUAAAUUGUUACAACCAAGUAAUGAACAAAACAGCUCACCAAAUGCAAAUGAAAUGAAUGAAAUAAAAAGACAUUGUUAUCGUUAUUCACAUGUAUGUCCUUGGGGUCGUUUAUGUAAUGAUCAAAGUGAAGAACAUUUGUCAACGACAAUCCAUAUAGCUAGAGAGAUGUGUCCAAGUGGAAGCAGUCCAUGUACUCAAAUGAUGAAAGAAGAUCAUCUUGAUUCAUUUAGUCAUGCUAAUGUACGAGAUAUUCGUUUGUUAUGUCGCUAUCCAGGUUCUGAAUGUCGUGAUCGUUCAAAACCUGAUCAUAUCAUCAAAUAUCGACAUAAUUACACGUUAGAUUAUUUAGGUGUAGCACAAUAUUUUGCAUUAAACAAGCGAAUUAAUUUUAUUCAAAAUCAAACUGAAAUGAUUCAAAUGAUUCGUAAUUAUGUUGAAAGAGUCUACGGAAUGGCAUGGAAAAAUAUAUCUGUUUCUCAAGAUUUAUUAAAAUGGAUUGAUGCUGUUCUACCAGUUCAUCGAUGUGUAGCACCUAUUUUUGAAUCAAUUCUUGUACAUGGUCAUGUUAUGAGUCGUUCUCAUAUGGAAAGAUUAAAAGACCCAACAUUUGUUGUUGAUACAGUCUAUCAACACAAACGCGUGCGAAAAAUACUCAUCAGAUAUGGACCGGCUUUUCAAAAUGAUGUUCGCGAAUUUAUUGAAGCACUCGUUUGCAUGGAAUUUAAAAAAGUCAAAAACAAUAAUCUACUUGAAGAAAUUGAAGGAAACAGUAGUCAAGGAUUUGAAUACCGUAUUCAUUCAAAAGAACAAGUCUUGAUACGUAAUCUUAACAAAUCCGACAUAGAUGAAAUUCGUCUUUGUACUAAGCAAAUCACUCAAGCGUCGAUUCAACUACAUAAUAAUAUGACAGGGAUUGGUCACGAGGGUGAUCUUGAGUUUGGUACUAAUCAGCAAGUAUUUAGUAUUCUUGGUCCCAAUACAGCUUCAUACUAUGGUGAUAUUGUUAUUGUUUUCAAACGGGAUAUUAUGUUACAUCCUGACUCAAAUUUUACCAUGCAAGCAGCUACUAUGUAUAAAGAAAAAACUUAUAACUGUCGUCCUUGGAUCAAAAAUCCCGGUUCAUUCAGUGGUUAUAUAAAACGAUUUCAUUCAACAAAACUUCAUUGUUCAAUACCUGGAUAUGAUUAUAUUACUGCUUUAGAACUUAAGGCUAUUAUUGGAUUAAAACAUCAGACAAUGGAUGUCGAUCUUAGUAAUAUUAUAGAUCGGUAUAAGUGUGUUGAUGCACAUCAGGUAAUCGAAGCACAUUUACCACAGUUAAUACCUUUAAGUUAUAUUGAUCAUAUAAUUAUGCCAAAAAAUGUUUUUGAGUCACUUUCACCAGAAGCUCAAAAGAAUGCUCGAGAAUUAUUUCCACAUAAUCUAACAAUAACAAAACAUAUAGUAAAUCUUAGCAUCGACGUAAGAACACUUAGUAAUCCUGACACUUCCCGAAAGGAUUAUGCAAAUUAUGUAUUUGAUCAAGUGCUAAGCUUAAUUAAAAGACAACAAGAACAACAGUCAAUUAUGUCAAACUCUCGAUUAUUAUCUUCAUAUGGAAUGACAAUAACUAUACCAGCAAAAAAUUUCGAAACUUAUAUUGCAUAUCCAUUAACAAUUACUCAAUCGUAUCAACAGUAUUUAUCUCAAUCUAAUAGAACCACCACAUCUGAUGGAUGUAUCUAUAUAUAUUGGAAAGCAAUACGAGGUGACUUUAUGUUAAUAUUAACAAAUCAAAUGAUUGAAUCCGGAACAGUUCAACAUAAUCUUAUCUAUCUCACAUGUUAUAUUGCUCCGUUUGUUACUAAUACUAAUAGUGAUCCAAACUACAAUGAACAUUAUUCAUAUAUAAAUCAUUGGCCACCAUCAUCACAUCAAACUGUUCUUGAGCAGCAGAAUUUUAAAGCUGGAUCAAAUAUAUUUCAUAAAGGUUGUAAUCCAGAUGAUUAUGUUUUCUAUUGUUUAAAAUUAAAUCCUCAAACAGGACAAGUAUCAUUAAUGAAUGUGGGUGUGAAUGGUAUUUAUAAUCAUACAAUAUUAAAAUGUACAUUUGAAAAAAAAGAUUUAGAUUUAUCAUUACUUGAUUAUAUUCAUGUAAGUGCAGGACGUCAAAGUGUUUCAAUACGUAAUUUAGUUAUAAGUCACGAAAUGAUUACGGAAGCUCAUCCAAAAUUUGACAAACAGUUCGUCAGUCAUAACCAUAAUACUCAUUCUAAAAGCGGGACAUCCAGUUCAAAACAUAAAGAAAGUUUACCAGACGAAGUUGGAAACAAUAAUGACGGUACCAAUCAAUCAUUUGGUCAUCGAGCCUUUGGUAUGGUUAAAGGUAUAUUUGGCUAUAAAAAAAAAGAAGAAGAUAAUGAUAAGAAUGAACAACAGAAAGAUCAUCAACAAAUUGGGCAUCUUACACCAUGCAAAAAUUCAAUUUACUGUCUUGAUCAAUAUUCACUAGAAGAGUCUUUUAGCCAUAAUCAAACUUAUUCACAUCCAUGUCGUUUCUCAGAACUGUGUCGAAAAAACAACACAAAGCCUCAUUGCAUUCAAUUUACUCAUAGUAAACAUGAUGUUCCCAAAUGUCAUCACGACACGAAUUGCACUCAAGUAAAUGAUCCAGUUCAUCGUUGUUCUUAUCGUCAUACUGAUUUACCUGACUAUUUAUAUCCUUGUCGAGAUCAACAAAAAUGUCAUAAUUCAACUUUUGAACAUCGAAAGAAAUAUUUUCAUGGUGAACCGAUCGACCUACCGUCAAAAAAAUCGUCAGCGUAG